GCGCGCCUCGGCAGCGAAGAGGACCACGGGCGCAGAGUGCAGCCGAAGCCCUGCAAUGUCUCUGGCUGUGACCGUCCUCUGCCUUCUGCUCGUCUUCGGCGGCCUUCACUACCUGCUGGGGCUGCGGCGCAGGCGCAAGGGGGAGCCUCCUCUGGUGCACUCGUGGAUCCCCUUCUUUGGAAGAGUGGUCGAGUAUUCCAAGUGCCCCCCCAAGUUCCUGCUGCGUCUUCAGAAGAAGCAUGGGGACGUCUUCACCGUGCUCAUACACGGCAAAUACUUCACCUUCCUGAUGGACCCUCACAUGUUCCCGUCGAUCAUCCGGCACGGGAAGCAGCUCAACUUCCACGAGUUCUCCUCCAAGUUCUCCUGCAUCAACUUCGACCACCCCCACGUCGACGACCUCCUGUUGGGCGUGUGCAAUGACGAUCUGCUACGCCUAUACACCUUCCUGCAGGGCGCCGAGCUCACGAACGUGACCAACAUCGUGAUGGCGAAGCUGCAGCAGGUGGUCUUCCACGAGCUGAACGAGGCCUUGGUGGGCAGGACGGGCGGCGACGUCCACGGCUGGUGCACGGACUCCCUCUUCAGCUUCUGCCAACGCCUCAUGUUCGAGGUGACCUUCGUGAUGCUGUACGGCACCUCGGGGGACGCCGAGGCCGACCGCCGCCUCUGCAAGAGGCUGCAGGCGCACUUUGAGCCGUUCGACAAGGUGCUGCCGCUCAUCUCAGCCGGGGUGCCCCUUUGGCUGCUGGGCUCCGCGAAGCACCACCGCGACGAGCUGAAGCGAGAGCUCACGCACGAGAAGCUGUCGCGCCGCCGCAACGUCUCCAUUAUCGUGCAGUCGAGGAUGAGCGUGUGGGACGCGAACAAGAACAUGCAGGACACCCACAAGGCAGGGCACCACCUGGCCUUCCUUUGGGGCUCCGUCGCCAACACGGUGCCCGCCAUCUUCUGGAGCCUCUACCACCUCCUGCAGUGCCCCCUUGCGCAGCGGGCCCUGCGUGACGAGGUGGACGCCACCCUGGGGAAGAGCGGAGCGCCGCUUAAGCUGGGCUCCCCGCUGUGCCGCAGCCGUGAGGACCUCAACGCCAUGCUCAUGCUCGGCAGCGCAGUGAACGAGAGCCUCCGCCUGACGAGCGCACCCAUGAACAUCCGCGUGGCCCUGGAGGACGUGGCCAUCACGAUGGACAGCGGCUUCACCCUGAAGCUCCGCAAGGGCGACAAGAUCUCCUUCUCACUGCAGACGCUGCACACCGACCCGGACAUCUACGAGCAGCCUGAGGUCUACAAGUUCGACCGCUUUGUGCAAGAUGGCAAGGAGAAGACCACCUUCUACAAGAACGGGCGGCGCCUCCAGCAGUACCUCAUGCCCUUCGGCUCCGGCAACAGCAUUUGCCCCGGCCGCUUCCUAGCCCUGACCGAGGUCAAGGACUUCAUCUUCCACUUGCUCGCCCUGCUGGACUUGGAGCUGUUGCCCGGCCAGCCGGACGUCGGCAUGGACAUGAGCCGCGUGGGCAUGGGCCUGUUGACCCCCAAGCGCGACGUCCUCUUCCGUUACAGACUGCGUUCGCACGUCGGUUCGGCCGCCGCCUGAGCCUGCACGCAAAGGGGACCAUGGGAGGUCGUGCCACCAGGCCGUGUUCUCUGCUCGUCUCCCCUCCACCUUGGCACGGAGAGUGAUAGAGAAUCUCGGGUGGGCAGAUGGGGGCGUGUCCCCGACCGGCAGUAAUGCUCUCUCCCUCUCUGUCUUUCUCUCUGUCUCUCGCUCUUUUGCCUUUUUUAUUCUUCUUCCCGUAGGUGUGUAUCAGUCACGGCGCUUGCCCGGGUUGCUUUCAUCGUGCGCAGUCAGACGAGGGUUCAUUCUGACCGAUAUGAAUGUAAGACCUUCAGUACUGAUAAUGAACUAUGUACACCCUUUGACCUAGGUAAAAAAGUGACUAGAAACAGGUUAUGCUACCAUUCCAUUACUAGAGGGAAGCGUUUUAUAAAUGUCGAAUGCAGUCAAUACUCGCCCAUCUUCCGGAGAGGGUGAAUAUACAUCUAAACUGCAAUAGUCAACAUAAGACACAUAUGAGGCAUAAGAUGUAACAGGACAAAGAUGGUUGAGGGCAAAAGUCUUACGUGGCUUCAGUUUGCUCAUUUUUAUGAAGGAAUAAAGAUGAAGCUCGCGUGUAGGAAGAAGGGUUGGUCCCAGCUUAUAUUACAUAACAUUCACGAUCUGUCUAGGGCAGUGGUUCUUAGCCUGGCGUGUGUGCACCCCCUGGGGGUGAGAGAUGCCCUUUCUGGGGGUGCUAGAGACGGACAGAUUUGUUUAGAAGAUAAGUCAUUGGAACACAAAUGAAACACGGUCACGUAAGUACAACUACUUUAAAAAAAAUCAAACGUGUGUACUUAUUAACAUGUUUUUUUUACGAUUGAGAACCAAAGGGUGCAAGGCUGCAGUAUAGGUUAAGAACCGCUGGUCUAGGGUAUAUCCCUGCUUACACGAAGAGUGGGGCAACACACCCCUCCGUCAGUAACCUAGAGACGUUGGUGGUAAUUCCACGUUCCCAUGGUGGGUGCCAGUCGAUCCAUAGCAAUGACUAUCUGUAAUGUGGAACGAAUUUCUAUGGAUGCCACAUUUAUUUGGAGACCAGCGUUCUAACCACAGCGCAACCUAUCAGUGUAUAGCGUUGCACAUUCACGAUUCACCUCGUGAACUAAAACAACGGACAAGACCGGUGGUGGAACGGAGACAACGUGUCCCGGGGGGGACUGCCGCCAAGAUGGAGUGGUGGGUUCACGUGGAGGCGUGAGAUGAGAUGUGAUCAACAGCACUCCCCCCGUAAGCCUGUUGAGGCUAUACAGGCGAUCGUUGCCUCUAUUGCGAUCAACUGAUUGUAGUCUUAAGCUGAACUUAAUGGUACAACACACGGGAGAGGAACUUUGUCGCAGAAUAAAAAUGCCGUUAAACAUGUAUAAUGAACGCGUUGGCAGCCACGUGUCGCACGGGGUGGGUCAGGCUUUAGAUUUGAGAUAAAUCUGCCGUUUUCUGGCCUCACCCUAUGGUUUGUGUGGCUUAAAUGGUGGCCUUUUGAUGGCAUCAACAUUCCAAAUUUGUUUCUGUCCAUCCAAUAAACUUAUCCUGUCCCCACAUUCCAUACCUGUCAACCCCUUAUCAGUGCCCUACCUUAUUACACCAAUUCAGACCUUAUUGGUCACCCCGUGCCCUUGUAAAUCUCAACGUUCAUCCUGUCCCAUCACAAGGGAGAAACGCAAACACAUAGACACAAUUUUAGUUGUAUUGAAACGGUUGUACGCCGUGUGGACCUAAAAACUCAAUUUCCCUUUACAAGAAUACGGGUAAAUCGUAUGGGUUGACAGGUUAUGAUGAAAUUACAUUUGUCCCAAAUCAGUGGUGCAGUUUGGUUGGUGACCACAAUAUAUAUUUAUAUAUGUUACAUUCAGCCAUGUUGGAUUGAGCAUCGCCAUGGCGACCACAUGGCCAUAUCCAACCAAUCACAGUGCUUGUUGCGUGUGAAACGACACGUGCAAAAAAAAAGUUUCAAGGCCACAUGCAACUUUAUUGACUCCACGCUGCAGCCCACGUUAAGCGCAGGAUGUCAACAUUGUCUUUUGGCAACGUUGCAAAGAAAUUGCACCUUGUAACUGCAACUUUACGCCGCGGGCACUGAGACCUAUCGGCAGAUGAACGCUGCACAGGCAUCUCGUCACCUCCGUGUUAUAACUAAAAAACUUCCGCAUUUACAAAACAUUACCUACAACCACGCUGCCGUAAGCUUGUAAUUGUCAUGAGCAAAUCUGAUAUGGUUAAUGUUAUCCAUUUAUAUGUGUGCCUUUAUUUUUCCAGUCAAGUUUUUGUUGUUGUUUAAACUUUGAAUAGCUUUGGUCGAGGGGCGUUCUCUCGUCCAACGCGGCCUUCUGAUUUGCUCUCUGUGACUUCAGUGUGAGCUGAAGUUAUUUAACUUCGAAAUUCAGUAUGAUUCCCAUGUAUGCCUUGGUUUUCGAGAUCUUGGAUAAUUGUAUUAAAGUGAUCUCCAUAAAUUAAAGUGCAAUUUUAUGGUUUGCAAAGGCUAGGCACU